AUGUUGUUGAGUAACAGGUUGCAUUAUGCACUCUUGGUAGUGUUGGUAUUAUCCUCCCUCUUUCUGGUGUUGGCAGAACAUGAACCUCUAUCUGUCAUUUCACAAAAUCCUCCUUCGAUGGCAUUUGACAGCAAUUUGAAAUUUGCCAAAAACAAACGUGCUGUCAUGGCCACUUUUGCUAAUGAUGGUGGUGCUUCAACCAACAAUGGCAGCACAGAUAAUGGUAAUUGGGAAUUUUAUGGAAUUGGUGAUCAAGUUGGUGUGAAUGCACUUUCUGAUUUAGUUUACACUUAUUCGAGAUAUGUCGAAAAGACGGUCCAUGUUUUAACAAAUUGGGCUAGAAUGUCUCCUUCAGGAUUCAAGACCAGAUUCUUGAAUUUAUUCCAAGCAGAAAAGUCAUUGGAAACCACUGGUUUGCCUCCACUUUUCGAACAUUUCAAUUUGGUAGAAUCUGGACGAUUCCAUUCGAAAGACAUGGCAACUGUACCUUGUUUUCAACAUAAUUCAUGUGAUGGAACUCUAACCUUCACCAGAGUUGCUACUUUUUACACUAAACCAGCAGCAAUGGCUGAAAAUAUUGCAGCUGGACAGACAAGUCCUCUUUCUGUAACCAUGGCUUGGAUUAAUUCUGAUGGACACAGAGCCAACAUUCUUGGAAGCUCAUAUACCCUUCUUGGAGUUGGACAUUAUCCAAAGGUUGCAGCCACAGGUUUCAGUGAUUAUUGGACACAGAAUUUUGCCUCAGGUUCACAUGGUAUUUCAAAUCCAAUCGUUGCUGCUACACAUAUUACGUUUGCCACAGAUACAGUUACAUUCCUUGCUAAUUAUUAUCAUAAGGCAGAUUUGGGAAAGGGAGUAGCUCCAUUGAAUGUUUCCAUUUUUAUUAAUGAUGUGGAAUAUCCAAUGAGUAUUCCAACAUCGAGUAUGUAUACUGAUUCGUCUUUGAAUGCAGGAACUUUCGAAUAUAAUACUACUAGACUUUCUUCUGGAACUGCUUGUAGAAAAUAUUAUAUUAAGGCAGUAGAUUCAAAUGGAUACAAGUAUUAUUAUCCAUCGGUUGGCUAUCUUCUCACUCAGGGUGAAAACUCUGCAUGUACUAGCAAUUACUUGAGAGCUGUUCGUCCUGGAGAAACUCCAUCAUGUGCUGGAGUGAAUAAUUGUAAUGGAAAUGGUGAUUGUCUUGCCAUUAAUACUUGUUUAUGUAAAGCUGGUUAUAAGGGAAGUACCUGUAAUCAAUAUAGUUGUAAUUUGGUUUCGAAUUGCAUGAAUCGUGGUCAAUGUACUGGUCCUAAUGUCUGUACUUGUCAAUCUGGAUAUACAGGAGCUAGUUGUAACACUCCAACUUGUACCACUCUCAAUAAUUGUAAUGGAAAUGGUACAUGUACUUCACCUAAUGUUUGUACUUGCAAGUCAGGAUAUACUGGAAGUGAUUGUAACGUAUUUGAUUGUUCCUCUAAGGGUGGUUGUGGAUUUGGACAAUGUACUGGUCCAAAUAUUUGUACCUGUCCAGCCAAUUAUGUUUAUGGAAGUUGUGAUUUGUCAUUCGAUGCUGUUAUCAGUUCACCAACUUUCACCUCUGGACAAACUGUUUAUACUCCUGGAUCGAUGGACAUUGUUUUCAAAUCUACAAUUUCAUCAUUGAGUGCGUAUUCUUCAUUGAGCUACAAGUGGACUCAAGUUUCUGGAACUGCAGUCAAUUUGGAAACUAUUUCAGUUGCUGGAACUGACAAGAAAGAUUUAGCCAUUAAGGCAAAUAGUUUAACAGAAGGAGCAACUUAUACUUUCAGAUUGAAUGCUACUCGUGUUUCUGCUACUGGAUCUGUAUCCGUUUCAAAAGAUUUAAAGAUUACCAUUAACAGAUCACCAACUAUUUCAUCAUUCAAGGUUGUCAAUGCUACUAGUGGAUUGGAAAUUAGUUCUGCACUUGCUGUCAAGACAAGUUUAAGAGCUAGUUUGGUUGCCACGGAUCCAGAAUCAUUUACCAUGCUCUAUUCAUUUGGUUAUUAUACUCAAGAAAAUAGCAAAGUUUAUGUUGCUGAAUUGAGUGCUAGCUCAACAUCCCCAACAUUUACUCUUCCUACUUUCAGCUCUGGACAAGUGACAAUUUUCUUUGCAGUCAGAGAUGCUGCUUUUACAACAGUUGAAAAAACUAAAGUUUUGACCAUUCAAGAUCCAACUACUACCAUGUCAGCUCAAGAAGUUAGCUCACUUGUCAACUCUUUGAUUAGCAGCACUUCAUUGAGUUCUUUGGAAAUUGCCAAUUCAUUACUCAAUUCCAAGCUUACAACUACUGAAAAGACAUCAAUCAGAAGUAACAUUUUGACUCAAAUUAUUGCUUCAACUGAUUCUGACACCGCAAAGAUUGGACUUUUGGAAAGAUUAACCAAUCAACCAUCAGAAAUUACAUCAGACACAGCUCAAAAGACUUUGAAUUUAUUGUCGAGUAUUUCUACAUCUUUGAAGCAAAACUUACAAUCUACUGAUAGAACUUCCAUUGUCAAGACAGUUUCUCAAUUGGUUUCAACUGUUUCCACAUCAAAUUCUAAUUUUGCUUCUCAAUUAAAGAAGGUCAUUGAUGCUAGUCAAGUUGGAGCAGCCAUGUCAUUGGUUGAUGGACAAUCGAGCGUCUCAGUUUCAAAUCUUGUCAAGACAGCUGUUGUAAAGAGCACAAUUGACAACUUUAAUUUCUCACCUUCUCAAAUUGGACUUUCUUCCUUGAGCUUACCAAAGGAUUCUUUGAAAAAGUUGCUUUCUUCCAAAUAUCAAUUAGAUUCCAGUGCUUCUGUUUCAAUUUCCUUAUCAAUCAUUUCACAAAAUAUUUACUCUCACAUCAAGACUGAUUUGGUUUCUUCCAUUAUUUCAAUUAACAUUCUUUCUAAUGGUACUGAACUCGAAAUUUCAGACCUCACUUCCCCAAUUGAGUUUGAAGUUGACAUUUCUUUAAUGAAUUCUACAAUGAUGGGUUUGUGUCAAUUCUACAAUACUCAAUCAUCACAAUUCUCAUCAAUUGGAUUGGAAUCUAUCAAGAUUAGUAAUACCAGAGUCAAAUGUAGAACUGUUCACUUGACUGAUUUUGCCAUUUCACCAACUUUAGCUCAACAAUCAGUCAACCAAGCAUCUUCCUCCAAAUUCUAUUUCAUUGUAUUGUUUUCAUUGAUUCUUGCUUUCAUUUUCAUUCAAUAA